AAACCUUCUCUCUUUGCAUUGCACAGCUAAGCAUUAUAAUCUCCUGGAGACACCUGGGUCUUAAUCAAAUUUUCUGGAACCCAUAAAGGGUCAUAAUGCCAUACAUCCCAACAAACAAUCUUACGACCGGCGAAUUCGUUUUGGUUUGACUCACAAAUCGACCAACCCAUUCACAUCAAAGAAAAUCCCAGAAAGUCAUGGUUUUAGGGGCGUAGAGAUGUAUAAUUUCCACAAGUUGAGUAGUCCAGGAAUCGAGAAACAAAUGUACCCACAAGAUCUGCAACAGCACCAUACCAAGUUACUCCCCAAGCGUAUAAUCUUGGUGCGUCAUGGAGAGUCCGAAGGGAACCUAGACACAUCGGCAUAUGCAACUACCCCAGAUAACAAGAUCCCAUUAACGCCGGUGGGUCUUGCUCAGGCGCGUCAGGCCGGGACCCACCUGCAUUCACUCAUUUCCGGUAAUGGGUCUUGUCCUAACUGGCGCGUCUACUUUUACGUUUCCCCUUACGAGCGUACGCGCUCCACGCUUCGUGAGAUUGGGCGUGCAUUUCCGAGGAAUCGGGUGAUCGGAGUGAGAGAGGAGUGCAGGGUGAGGGAGCAGGAUUUCGGGAAUUUUCAGGUUGCGGAGCGAAUGAAGGUGAUCAAGGAGAUCAGGAAGAGGUUUGGGAGGUUUUUUUAUCGGUUCCCGGAAGGCGAGUCUGCCGCCGACGUCUUUGAUCGCGUUUCCAGUUUUCUUGAAUCUCUCUGGAGGGACAUAGACUUGAACAGGCUUAAAAAUAACCCGUUCCAAGACCUAAACCUCGUAAUUGUAUCUCAUGGGCUCGCUACACGUGUGUUUCUCAUGAAGUGGUUCAAAUGGACGGUUGAACAAUUUGAGCGCUUAAACAAUCUUGGGAAUUGCGAGAUUCAGGUAAUGCAGUUGGGGGAAGGUGGAGAAUACAGCUUAGCAAUCCAUCACUCAGAAGAAGAGAUGCUAGAAUGGGGACUUUCACCUGAGAUGAUAGCUGACCAAAAAUGGCGAGUUCAUGCCAAUAGGGGUGAGUGGAACGAUAACUGUCCAUGGUACUUUGAUGAAUUUUUCGAUUGUUUAGCAGAUUCAGACGAUGAUAUUAAAAGAGAUGAAGAUACUAAUGGUGAUUCUUUGAUUCCAUGUACACAGACUGACCAGUAAUUGGGUUGAAAUUCUUUUAGAUUCUUUUGGUACUUUGAUUGUACUGUUAGAUUGGUAGUCAUGAUUAUGAUAAACCAGAGUGGAUUGCUUCAAUUGAUUUUGUUUUUUAACCAUUCCCUGUGGAGUGAAGAAAAAUCUAUACCUGUGUUAUUUGAUUACAUGAACCAUUCUGAUAUAUUGAAACAAAAUCAAACCUAAA